AGUCAAAGCCGAUGCGGGCGCGGGGACCUGGCCCGGGCCGCGGAGCCUCCGGGCCCGCCCAUCGGCAGAGGCGCGCACGUCAGGCGCCCGUCGAGCCGCUGCGUCCUUGUCCCUCGCGCUCCGCGCCCCGUCUCUGUCGCCCCAAACUUUGGCCAGCGCCGCCCAGACUCGUGCCGGGAACAAGCCAGGAAUUUUCAAGAUGAAUUAUACAGAGACCAGCCAGUUGGCAGAACCAACUGCAAUAGGCUUUACACCUGAGUUAGAAAGUAUCAUACCUGUGCCUUCCAAUGAGACCACUUGUGAAAACUGGAGAGAGAUACAUCAUCUAGUUUUUCAUGUAGCAAAUAUUUGUUUUGCAGUUGGGUUGGUUAUUCCAACUACUGUUCACCUUCAUAUGAUAUUUCUUAGGGGGAUGUUAGCUAUAGGAUGUACCCUUUAUAUUGUCUGGGCCACUCUCUACCGAUGUGCCUUGGAUAUAAUGAUCUGGAACUCUGUGUUCUUGGGUGUCAACAUUUUGCAUCUUUCAUAUCUUUUGUACAAGAAAAGACCGGUGAAGAUUGAAAAGGAACUCAGCAGUGUCUACCGACGGUUGUUUGAACCACUCCGGGUCCCUCCAGAUUUGUUCAGAAGAUUAACUGGACAGUUUUGCAUGAUCCAAACCUUGAAAAAGGGCCAGACUUAUGCUGCCGAGGACAAAACCUCAGUUGAUGAUCGUCUGAGUAUUCUCCUGAAGGGAAAAAUGAAGGUCUCCUAUCGAGGACAUUUUCUGCAUAACAUUUACCCCUGUGCCUUCAUAGAUUCUCCUGAAUUUAGAUCAACUCAGAUGCACAAAGGUGAAAAAUUUCAGGUCACCAUUAUUGCAGAUGAUAACUGCAGAUUUUUAUGCUGGUCGAGAGAAAGAUUAACUUACUUUCUGGAAUCAGAACCUUUCCUGUAUGAAAUAUUUAGGUAUCUUAUAGGAAAAGACAUUACAAAUAAGCUCUACUCAUUAAAUGAUCCCACCUUAAAUGAUAAAAAGGCCAAAAAGUUGGAACACCAGCUCAGCCUUUGCACACAGAUCACCAUGCUGGAGAUGAGGAACAGCAUAGCCAGCUCCAGUGACAGUGAAGAUGGGUUGCACCAGUUUCUUCGGGGCACCUCCAGUGUGUCCUCUCUUCAUGUGCCAUCCCCACACCAGCGAGCCUCUGCCAAGAUGAAGCCCAUACAGGAAGGGGUCGAAGAUGACGAUGAAGUCUUUGAACUGGUGUCCCCAAAUACGUUAAAAGUUCAUCAGUUGCCUUGAUCAGAGGGAGAAUCCAAGUUAUCAAGAUGGAAGUUGUCUUGAAGAGAUCCUGAAAAAUACCAGCACUUUUUCAUGGCUUUUACAUUAUUCUGCUUUAGUACAUCUGUACAUCUAGACUGGUUGAAUCUGAGGGCAGGAAAUGAGGAAGGGUCAGAGAUGGAAAGAUUAUUUGACCUGUCCUUUAAUCGGUCAGCUUUUUAAGUCUUUAUUUUACUGAGCCUUCUGACUAAACUUCAUUGUUUUGAGAUCUAUAUUUUCACAGUAUUUUCUAGAUAUAUUAUUGUUUUAACUUUAAAAAUCUUAGUGCUCUAUCAAUGCAAAUGCCUUUUCACUUAUUUUUCCAAGUUACGGUCCUUUUUCCUCACAGGCAAUUUUUUCACUAUGUGGCAAUAUGGUUGUCAGUUUGAUAAUUUUAACAAAUGAUGUAAGUUUGAAAUUGAGGCUAAAGUAACAUUUAAAAGCAGGGAAUCUCAGGCUUUGUUCAAUUUUUUUUUUAAUGGAAAUUUUUUUUUUUUUUUUUUUGUCUUUUUCGUGACCGGCACUCAGCCAGUGAGUGCACCGGCCAUUCCUAUAUAGGAUCUGAACCCGCGGCUUGAGCGUCUGCGCUCCCAGCGCCGCACUCUCCCGAGUGCGCCACGGGCUCGGCCCUUUUUAAUGGAAAUUUUAGUGAAAGAUGGGAUUUGACUGGUCUUACUUUUCCCCCAGGCCAAAAGUGUCACUCCACUAUGUCACCUCACUUAUGUGGUGUGUGUAGAGAUCUCGAUAGAUAAUGAGCAGAACCCGUUCAAGUUUACUCGCAUCGCCCUCCUGUCACGCCCUGCCCUAUACACAUGUCUGAACCCUGAAGCGGGGAAGAUAACAGAUGGCAGCAUUUCUGAGCUUGGUGUCUGCCUGCAGCUACACUCAACCUGCUUGUGACUCGGAGCCAUCUUGUCCCACACACUAGGGUAUGGGACAUACUUUCCUGAGGGUGGGAGGAGGGGGCGUCAAGUAGCUGAGCAAGUGCCACAGGAUGAGGUGACUGAAAGGUCCGCUUCAUUCCUUGGUCUGUAUUCUGAAGUUUCACAUUGUUCCUCCAGAGGCACAGGUGUCUCUUUAAAAAGUGUGCCAGAUCCCUAGUGCCAGAGCUGAGCGUGUGAGCACACCUGGGGGACAGAGGGGUGACCGCAGCCACACUGUGGACACCCAACCUAGAGACUACUGUGAGGGCUUUGGUUCCAGAGCUUUCUUUUCUACUAGAGUCAUGUUUUAGGAAGCGGUGGCAUCUGUAUUCAGCUGGUAGGAAAUGAGAACAGUUUUGCUUAAAUCAUUAGUCUGUCUGGCCAAUGUGAUGGUGGCACUUGGCCGGGCCAGUUAGUGGUGUGAAGCACAUUGAUGGGCUGUGCUCGUCGUGCCCCAUUCAGUUUAUUUUGUUUCAUCCACUAGAACAGCCUUUGAGUCAGUCCCCUGUCACAUUGAAUAGCUAAGAAAAGUUGCGAAUCAAAUGACUUUCAGGUGAACAGAGCCAAAAGAGGCAUUUCUUGCCAUGCAGUGGUUUCUGUUAGAGAAGAUAUAGAAAUAAGUUAAUCUAGCGUCCUCUCGUUUUCCUAAAUCCAUUUUUUGAAGCCAAUUAUUUUAGUAAUUUCAUCUGAGCUAAAUUUAUAGGCAAGGUCACUCACUGAGAAAAUUUACACAGACUGCAAAUCCAGCUCCUGACAUGUUUAUCAAAUAUCAUUAACAUCGUGGUAAAAAAGGCUGAUUUCCCUUUACUGCAAUCCAGCCUCUUCAGUUUGCUAAAUUAAGGAAUUUAUUUUGGAGAAAUGAAGCAGAGGUGAGUGACUUCCCUUGGCUUUGAGAUUGUAAAGACCUGUGAGGUUGACCUGCCUCUCUUUGUAGCAAAGAGCACAUGUAAUACGAUGUGACAGUGUCAGUCCUGCUUCCCCUUCAACCAUUGGAGUAAGAUUGGGCGGCCCGUUUAGUCUACACAUGCAUAAAACUAACUUAAACUACUCUCUAGAGUACUUAGAUAUGACAUCCUUCCCUGAGUAGAAAGUAAAUUUAGAUUAUGCUGUGGACACCUUUGUAAAGUUCUGUGGAUCCACAAACAUUCGAGUUUUCUUACCUGGUGCCAUCUGUAGGUUUGUCUUAUUUUGUCAAUCCCAAACUGUGGAGAAGGUUGUCUCUAAUAAUCAAUCUGGUGUGUUUGGAGGUUAUUUUCUGUAGUGCUGGGAAGAAACCUGUUAUUUUGUUUGUUUUGCUGGCUGGUACAGGAAUAGAACCCUGGACCUUGGUAUUGUCAGCACCACACUAACCAGCUGAGCUAACCGGCUAGCCAAACCUGUUGUUGAAGCACACUCCUAAAAGUAGGCGAUACAAAAUCAUUCACUGUUUUUUCUAAAAUGUGUUUGUAUGUGUGUGUCAUUGAUAACGAAGACUGUAAUUUCAAGGUUAGGAAUCUUAAAAGAGUCACUUAGCCUGAAUGGGAAACAUGAAACUUUUUUAAUACACACCUCUAAGGAAGACAGUGAGACUCAGAGGAAAGGAGCCAUAAGCCAUUGAGCAGCCCUGCCACAUAGACUUGAUGGCAAAGAAGCAGAAAAGAGUUUUAAGUGUAAGAUCUCCUAUGGAUGACUUUAAAUUCAUUUAUGCAAAUGAACAAGUUUAUCUUUAUAUAAGCACAAAUACGUAGAUAAAAACAUGUUUGCUGCCAAAGUCCCAAAUACGAGGCUUCCUGUGUUGACAUUCACUUAGCUGUGUGAUCAAGGUUCAAGAAAUGGCUUGCAAGAUAUUCUGUAUAUAACCCAAAUCUACUAUGUUUAAAUGUAACAUCAAAUCAGUUAUAUGAAUCUAGAGUAUAUCUAUACUAGAAUGUAUGUCAUUUAAAAUAUUUUGAAAGCCCUCAUAAAUAUUUAUAUUUGUAAAAAUAAUAGCACAGACACUAUAUAUAUUCUCAAUGAUGUUUAUGUAUCUUAAAUUAGUAACAAUGGGUGCUAUAUAGUUAUUUUUCAGUUACCAUCCUUGGCUUUCGGAAUCGCUUCCAUUUCUCCUGUCACUCAGUCUCACUUUACUCACCGGUCACCUUUGUGCUUUGCUGCUAACAGUGUGCACUAGGAGACUUCGCCUUCGUGUAUCUGGUUCUCCUCCCACAUGUCUGAAGGUUUUCUGAUUUUAUGACUUGGAGCUGCCAAUUCCUGCCUCCCAGGCCCCAUCAUGGCCCUAAAGAUAGAGUCACUUUGAUGCUGGUAAAAUCUCUGGGGAAAGCUGAGUAACCUACACACUGCCCUGCCCCAAGUGCACCCAGGUAAUGACUUGGCCCUCCAGUCAAGAUUUCAUGCUCCCCGCCAAGCACAGAUCAUGCAGGUCAGUUCCUACCUGCGGGCUCGGUGUCCUCUUCCCUCCAGCUCCAAGGAUCCACUGGGGUGUGUGUGUGUGUGUGUGUGUGUGUGUGUGUGUGUGUGUGUGUGUGUGUGUGUGUGUGUGUGUGUGUGUGUGUGUGUGUGUGUGUGUGUGUGUGUGUGUGUGUGUGUGUGUGGUGUGUGUGUGUGUGUGUGUGUGUGUGUGUGUGUGUGUGUGUGUGUGUAUCUUAAAAUCCAUUUUCUUGGUCAUUUCUUUCUUUUUUUAUUGAAACGUAAUUGAUCAUACAUAUCUGUGGGCACAGCAUUGAAUAUCCAUACCUGUGUACGAUACGUGAUGCUCAGAUCACAUAUGUUCAGCAUUACACAAUGUAAUCAUUUUUCGUGGCCCUUUACCAAUUUCUCGCUAACCCCCCUCCCCCUUGGUCAUUUCUAAAGCUGCUCUGCUGAAACCUCUGACCCUGCUGUGCCUUGGUUUCCUCUCCCUCCCUUCUUUUGAACUCCGGUUUUCCAACUUUCUUUUCUAGUUAUUCCCAACUAAAGUGAUUAGAAAUCCCCACCUACUCUUCUAAGCCCCAAGGAUUUGGAAUGGCAGGACGCUCUGUGGGGAACUCGAGGUUGAGGCAUAACCACUGUUUCCAUUCUGCUCAUAGUGGGGUAAUCCUUCUCACUGAUGGCAGCUGUGCUAUGAUUAUCACAGAACCCCCAGAUACCUCGUGUAUAAUGGCAUAGUGUAGGAGUCAUAAAUUUAGGAAACUUGCAUUUAAAUACCAUUUACAGUUUUUUCUAUUAUUCUUGCCACCUAAUUUUAAAGCACACAAGGAUUUUAUGAAUGCUUUACC